UUCAAGCAACAAAAAAUUUGUAUUGUAUUUUUCUCUCCUCUUGAGUCUUUACCUCCGUGUUUUUCCUAACCUGUGUGUGUUUGUGUUGUGUUUGUUUUUGUUCCUCCUUGGCGUUAUAGAGAGAGAGAAGGAGGAGAGAGUAAAGCGUUGGAGAAAUAUGAGAGAAAAAAUGAUUUUUUUAUUUUGAUCCAAACGAUUGAACUGUUUUUCCUUUCAGCGGUGGUUAGAUCUGCUGAGCGCUCUGUUUUCUUCGUCCUCAGAUUUUCUUUCUGAGGAAAACUUCUGAGGCAUGAAGAGAUUAAGGGAUGAUGUUUGCGGUAGUCCUCAGUUUAAGAAGCCAUUUGGCUCUUCGCGGGGUGAAUCCUAUGGGCAAUCUCAAGCCCCUGGAAGUGGAGGUGGUGACCGUGGUAGCAAUGGAGGAACUGGUGGUAGUGUCCCUGGUAGUACCCAGAAGCUCACCACCAAUGAUGCAUUAACUUAUUUGAAGGAUGUUAAAGACAUGUUCCAGGAUCAAAGGGAGAAGUAUGACAUGUUUCUUGAUGUUAUGAAAGAUUUUAAGGCUCAAAGAAUUGAUACUGCUGGUGUCAUUGUGAGGGUGAAGGACUUAUUCAAAGGACAUCCAAAUUUAAUUCUUGGGUUCAACACCUUCUUACCAAAAGGUUAUGAAAUAACCCUUACUGAGGAGGAAGUGGUUCCUCAAAAAAGGACUGUUGAGUUUGAAGAAGCUAUAAGCUUUGUGAACAAGAUAAAGAAGCGUUUCCAAAAUGAUGAUCAAGUGUACAAAUCUUUCCUAGACAUCUUGAAUAUGUAUCGGAAAGAGCACAAAAGCAUUACUGAGGUGUACCAGGAGGUAGCGUAUCUUUUCCAACAACACCCCGACUUACUCAGCGAAUUCACUAACUUUUUGCCAGAUACUUCAGUAACUGCAUCAGCUGUACAGCCUUCUUUUGCCAAGCAGUCUUUUCACCGCUUUGAUGAGAGGAUAUCUGCCAUGCCUAACCUUCGUCCAUCACAUCUGGACAAGCAGCGUUUUCGACGGGAACGAGUCUCUAUGCCUCAUGGAGAGUGUGGUCAUAGUGUUGAGCGAACUGAUGUAGAUGCAGAUAAAUCAACGAUGAAGAUGCACAAAGAGCAAGUGAGGCAUUCUGAAAAGGAGAACAGGGACAGGAGAAAUCGUGAUCAUGAUUGUAGAGAACCAGAGAGUAAGAACAAUGGAGAUAUAAGUAUUCACCAUCAUAUCGAGAAAAGAAAAUCUGCUCAGAAGGUGGAAGAACUGGGAGGGAACAACACUUUGGCAUCUUAUGAGGAUAAAGAUGCCUUGAGAAGUAUGUAUAGCCAGGAAUUCACUUUCUGUGAAAGGGUGAAGGAAAGACUCUGCAGUUCAAAGGAAUACAACGCGUUCUUACAUUGUCUCAAUAUCUACAGCACAGAAAUAAUUACAAGAGAUGAGCUACAAAGUUUGGUUACUGAUUUACUUGGAAAGCAUCCUGAUCUCAUGGAGGGUUUCAAUGAAUUUUUAGAGCGUUGUGAGAAAGUUGAUGGCUUUCUGGUUGGUGUUGUGAACAAAAAAUCUCUAUGGACUGAAGGAAAUACUGUGAAAUCAGUAAACUUGGAGGAGAAAGACAAAGAGCACAAGCGUGAAAUAGAUAGUAGUAAGGAGAAGGACCAAUUCAAGGAGAAAUACUGGGGAAAGUCAAUCCAAGAACUUGACCUUUCUGACUGUCAACGUUGCACUCCCAGUUAUCGGCUACUUCCUGAAGAUUAUCCAAUACCUACUGUGAGUCAGCGAUCAGAGCUUGGAGCUCAAGUCUUAAAUGAUCAUUGGGUGUCUGUGACGUCUGGAAGCGAGGACUACUCUUUCAAGCACAUGCGCAGAAAUCAGUAUGAAGAAAGUCUGUUUAGAUGUGAAGAUGACAGAUUUGAGCUAGACAUGCUGCUGGAAUCUGUGAGUUCAACUGCUAAGCGUGCAGAUGAGUUGCUAAAUGCCAUUAAUGAUAACAAAAUCGGUGGAGAUAGCCCUAUCCGUAUUGAGGAUCACUUUACAGCCUUAAAUUUAAGAUGCAUUGAACGUCUUUAUGGCGAUCAUGGUCUGGAUGUAAUGGACAUUUUGCAUAAAAAUCCAUCACUUGCAUUACCAGUUAUAUUGACCCGCUUAAAGCAGAAACAGGAGGAGUGGACCAAGUGUCGUGUAGAUUUCAACAAAGUUUGGGCUGAAAUCUAUGCAAAGAACCAUUACAAAUCGCUUGACCAUCGUAGCUUCUAUUUCAAGCAACAAGAUUCAAAGAACUUGAGCACAAAAUCAUUCUUGGCGGAAAUAAAGGAGAUUAAGGAGAACAAGCAGAAAGAUGAUGAUCUGGUUCUUGCUAUAGCAGCUGGCAGUAAACAUCCCUUAAGUCCAAACCUUGAAUUUGAAUAUGCUGAUCUUGAGAUCCAUGAAGACAUAUACAAACUUAUAAAUUAUUCAUGUGAAGAGGUUUGCUCAACAAAGGAACAUUUAAAUAAAGUAAUGAAGCUCUGGACCUCCUUCCUUGAGCCAAUCUUAGGAGUUCCAUCUCGCAUUCAUGGCUCAGAGGCCAUCAAAGAUGAUGCUUCCUUAAAGCAUUGUGCAAUAAAAUGCAAUGCAACAAGCAUUGGUGAAAGUGAUGGAACUCCUAAUGGUGAUGCAGCAACACAAAAUUCCAAGCAAUCAAAAGUUAUCUGCAUUGGAGAUGCAAAUAAUUCUCCCCAACUUUUGAGUUCUACAAAGGCUAGCUUGAAAAAUGCAGAUGUUUUGGCUAAAGAUAGAUUAACAGCAACUAGUGAACACUUAAGUAAUUCUGAUGCUGGCAAUGUGAUGGGAGAAGAUGGUAUUCAUGGAAGAAUGAAUAUGGACUCUACUGCACGUAGUGCAAGGCCUGGUAAUGGUACCAUUGAGGAUUGUCAUGGAAACAAGUCUAAUAUUGACGACAUACCAGCAUCAGAGGGUGGUGACAGUUCACGUGGUACUGCUAUAGUAAAUGGUGGGGGAUUUGCAGAAGGUUUUAGAGUGAAUGGAUAUAAUGCUGAUUCUGUUAAUCCCUCAAAAAAUGAGAAGGAAGAGGGUGAGUUAUCACCUAAUGGUGAUCUUGAAGAGGAAAAUUUUAUUGGCUAUAGAGAUGGUGCUCCACAAGAUAUGAACAGGCCAUACCAAACAAUGGCUGUUGAAGGUACUUGUCAGGAUGCUGCAUGUGAAAAUGAUGCAGAUGUCGAUGAUGAGGAUAGCGAAAAUGCUUCCGUGGCUGGUGAUGAUGUUUCAGGCAGUGAGUCUGCUGCUGAUGAGUGCUCUAGAGAAGAACAUGAAGAAGAGGAAGAUGGAGAACACGAUGAGGCUGAUGGCAAAGCUGAGAGUGAAGGUGAAGCUGCAGGCAUGAGUGAAGCACAUUUCAUUGGAGAUAACUCAUCAUUGCCACUGUCUGAACGUAUUCUGCUUAGAUCCAAGCCUCUAACAAAGAAUGUGGUGUCAUCAUUAUAUGGGAGUGAAAAGAAAUAUCCACGCGUUUUUUAUGGGAAUGACAACUUUUAUGUGCUUUUUAGGCUUCACCAAAUAUUGUAUGAGAGGCUACUGUCAGCAAAGCUGAAUUCAGCAUCCUCCGAAUCAAAGCGGAGAACUGGAAAGGAUAAUAGUUCUGAUCCAUAUGCCAGAUUUAUGAGUUCAUUGUACAGUUUGCUUGAUGGAUCUGCUGAUAAUGCAAAGUUUGAGGAUGAUUGUCGGUCAAUAAUUGGAAACCAGUCUUAUGAGCUUUUUACACUGGACAAAUUGAUAUAUAAGCUGGUCAAACAGUUACAAGCUGUUUCUACUGAUGAGCUGGACAAUAAGCUUCUGCAAUUACACGAGUAUGAAAAAUCUAGAAAACUUGAUAAGUACAUCGACUCCGUCUACUAUGAGAAUGCUCAUGUUCUUCUUAACGAGGAGAACAUUUACCGUAUUGAAAGCAGAUCUAACCCAACCAGCAUGUCCAUCCAAUUGAUGGAUGAUGGAAAUGAGAAGUCUGAAGUUGUGGCUGUAUCUAUAGAUCCUAAUUUUGCAAGUUAUCUCCAUAAUGAUUAUCUUUCACUAGAACAUGGGAAAAGGGAGCCGUCUACUCUUAUGCUCAAGAGUUAUGAUGCAGACCUCUUAUUCAGAAACAAGAGGAAAUUCGCCAACCUUGAAGGAUAUUCUGCUCUGUGCAUGGCUAAGGAAAAUGUUAUUAUUGUAAAUGGUUUGGAGUGUAAGAUGACUUCCCAUUCAUCCAAGAUAUCGUAUGUACUUGAUACAGAGGACUUCUUUUUCCGUUUUGGGAAGAAGAGAAAGACAAAAGUUGGGAGAUCAUCAUACCAUAACCAAGCUAGAGUGGAACGGUUCCACCGUUUUCUAGCAUCUUCUUUACGAAAGGAUGCCCAUGCCCUGUAGAAGAUCAAGGCAGUACAGUUUAUCCUUCCCUUCCAAUAGAAGGAAUUCAUAUACGAUUCUUGUGUUGUGGAUCUGGUCUGCCUGUCUACUGUCUGUCUAUAUGCACAAAGCAAGCUCCCUUGGCCAAUAUUUUGGUUGGAUAUAUUGAUAGAUGGGGUGCAAGUUGACCACAGUGGUGUCUUCAGACCAGACAAAAAAUGGUCUGGGAGCAAGAGUGCCUUGUAAUUUCUAACAUCUUUUCAGUGGCAUUUAAGCCAUGGUUUUGUAAAUAUGAUGAUAAUGAUGAUUUUGAGUUGUUCAUUUUACUUUUUUGUGUCAAUGUGGGAUGGCCAAAUAUCCUCCAUUGAGCUCCUUCUGUAACACCUUAUUAUUGUAUUAUGGCCCCUGAGAGCUGAAAGAGUUGUUUUAUCUAAACAUUCUGCUAUAUAUGUAAAACAGUGAUCACAAAGUUCAAAAUAGUAUAGUAAAAGUGCUGAUAUUCCAAACUUGAAAAUUUCAAUUCAAA